GAAUCUCCACGACUCUCUGGGUUUUCUAAUAUUCCUUUGAGCGGGAGUUGAUCAGGCAUUUUAUAUUUAAAGUGCCGUUUCAGAGCCGUCCCCCCCGAUGGUGGUAGCAGCAGGAGGAAGCAACAGCAAUAGACAGGAGGAGAAGCAUGAAAAAAAGAAGCAGACAAUGUGACGGCGUAACGGCGUGAAUUUGUGCUGCUAGAAGUGUUUCAAAUGUUUCAAAAUCACGAACCAACUCAACAACAAAUGCAAAAAAGUGUGUUGUAAUUGUAGUAAAAUAAUUCCACCUAGUGUGCUUGAGUGUGUGUGUGUGUGUGUAUGUGCGCGCGUGUUGUGUAUAUUAGUGCGUGUGCGUGUAUGUAUGUGAAUAAUAAUGAUAAUAAUAAUAAUGCUAAGAAAUAGUGAAUGAAGCGAGCGAAUUCAGCGUCACUUAAUUAUUGAAGCAUAAAGUGUGCGUGUGUGCGUGUCCGUUGCACGAUCAGAGUUAAGUGAGAGUGUGCUUAAGCGAUCAAAUCCUCAAACGAUUAGCAACGGUUACAUCUAUAUAUUAGUGCGUGUGUUUGCAGUGCCCUUUUUGAUUGGGGCGCACCGUGCGUCGUGCGUUAGGUUCCGUUUAGCGUGCGUAGAGUAGCCGCGGCAGCGCAACAGCUGCCGCCGCAAUAAAGCCGUCAAAAUUGGCCGAAUGGAUAAGGACGGGGAGAAGAAGGGCGGCGGCGAUAAGAAGGGUGGCGGCGGGCAGUCGGGAACCGGUCUGGGAGGCGCAGCCGGUGUUAACGAUCCGGCCGCGCUGCUAGAUGCCGCCUCACUGUUCGCGUACUGGGGACGGGAUCCGUCCGCAAUGGCCGCCGCAGUCUCCAACCCACUGUUCGGCUCACAGUUCGGCAUGCCCGGCGGGCUCGGCGGGCUGAUGCCGAACGCCGGUUCCGGCUCGGGCAGCGGCAACGACCGGUUCGCCAUGUCCCACCACAACCAGAACACGAUGGCGGUGGCCGCGUCUCAGGCCGCCUCCCUGGCCGGUUUGCACAACAAUUGGUGGUCGAUGGCACAGCUGGCAGCUCAGGAUUACUUCGCCCGCCUGCAAGCGACCGGCAUGUCGCAGCUUCCCUUCUCCCACGAUCUGGCCGGCGCAUUCCCGGCCGGGCUGGGGCUCGGGGCGAUGAGUGCGGCGGCUGCCGCGGCCGCCGUUGCCGCCACCGGUGGGAAUGCGGCGGGCGGUGGAGCGGGCGGUAGUGGUAGUGGCACCGGUGGGUCCGGUGGUGGCUCGGGCAAGGGCGGCUCGGGCGGUGGCAAGGGCAAGAAGCGUGACCGCAGCAGCAAUAGCAACAGCAGCAAUGCCAGCUCGGGCGGUGGUGGCUCGGCUGGUGGGAUGGGCGGUAUGGGUGCCGGUGGUAUGGGUGGCGGCGUGGGAGGCAGUAACAAUUCUUCGUACAAGAACUCACCCUCACCGUCCGCAUCACAGGCCGCGGCUGCCGCUGCCUACAAACAGUCCCUCUACAGCCAGGCGACCCUGCACAAGGAGCUGAUGGCCAUUACGGCGGCCGCAGCAGCUGCCCAGAAUCAACAGCAUUCCGGCGGAGGAAGUGGCGGCGGUGGUGGAGGAGGAGGUGGCAGCUCAAGCAGUCAACAGUCCCAGCAGCAACAGCAGCAGCACCAGCAGCAACAGCAGCAACAGCAGCAACAACUGCAACAGCAGCAACUGCAGCAACACCAGCAGCAUCAGCUCGCCAGCCUCGGCAUGCUGGCCGGGCUCGGUGGCACCGGCAGCAGUGGCAGCGCCAGUCCCGGCAGCUCAUCCUCCAAACAGAAAUCCUCCUCGUCCGGCGGCGGUGGAUCGUCCUCCUCGCUCGCGUCACCGCACGGUGCGAGCCGGCUGAUUGGGAACGAUUCGAUAUCGAUCACGCGCGGUUCCAGCUCGCCCUCGAUGAGCUCGAGCAAACAGCAGCCAACGCCCAGCGUUACCAUCAGUGCCAGCCACGGGAAUCCCGGGUCCUCCUCGUCCUCCUCCUCCGGCUCGUCCGCCCAGCAGAACCAUCUGCAGAAUCUAUCGUCGUCGUCGCGCUCGUCGAAGGAUGGCAAGGGUGGCAAUAGCAACAACGCCAAUGCCAGCGGUGGACCAAGUGCGGCCGAUCUGGGUCUGAGCGCGUCCAUGAACGCCCUGAGCACACUGUCGCAGUUUAACAAUCUCGACCUGACGACGCAGCAGAACAUGACGGCCACGAUGAACGCACUGGCAGCGAGCCAGGCCAAAGCGAAGGACUACAUCUCCUCCGGGAUACUGAAUGAUCCUUCCUCGCUGCUGGGCGUGCGCUUGCCACCGGACACGGAGAUCAUCAAGUACACCUCUUCCAUCGUGGGGCCCAAAGCAUCGGGCGGGACCGGCCGUGGACGUAAGAAAACCAUUUCGUUAGAAGACAAUUCCAUUUUUGCUCAAAUGCAUGGUUUAAGUGCAGCCAAGCGCCAGCGACUGGAACCGAACGAGUAUGGAGGAGGAGGAGGAGGUGGCGGCAGUAACAACAGUAGUGGUGUCGGCGGCGGUGGUGGCAGUGGCGGCGGUUCGCAUCUCAGCUCGGGCAGUGGAAGCGGCGGCUCGGCCGGACUGCUUCCGCCCGGUCUCUCCCAUCACCACCACCAUCAGCUCGGUAGCAACGGUGGGCUAGUCUCGGGAGCAUCGUCCGGGACGGGCGGAUCGAACGAUCGGAUCGAGGUCAUCAAACUGCCACCGACCAUCACCUCGAACGGGGUGUACAAUGCCGGAAAGGGCGCGGGUAAAGAUUCCAUGAUGGAUCAUAUGAACGAAUGGUCGGGACUUAAUCUGAGCGCGAAAGGCUCGGGUGGAGGUGGUGGGUCUUCUUCGGCCGCUGCCACCAUUGUGUCCUCGUUGACGGCGGGCGGUAUGAACAGUAGCGGAAGCAACAAUCAGUCAUCCGGCAUGAUGGAGCAGGACGAUGCACCGCUCAACCUGUCGAUGAAACCGUCAAAAUCGUCCAACGAAGGAAUGCGCAGUGACUCCACCCACUCGGCAUCCUCGUCCUCACCUGCCAUGUCCGGUGCGAGUGCCAACAGUUUGCAGAGCCUGAGCACCAUCACGGCGGCGCUCGGUGGAGCGGCCGGCAAUGCGAACGAUUCGUCACGAUCGCGUCGAAAGUCCGACAAUAAAAACCGUCGCAAUGCGGCGGCUGCAGCAGCGGCAGCGGCGGCCGCUGCCGCUGCCGCACUCGGGGCCGGUCCCCUCGGCCUGGACGGGAGUGUCAACAUGAGCCUGGCAUCGGCGGCAGCCGCGUACGCUGCGGCCGCACCGGUCUCGACCGGUGCAGGUCUGGGCACCGGUACGAACAGCACCAGCACGCUCAACUCCCUGCUGAUGGCGUCGGUUGGGACCGGCACGGGUACCAAUACCAUCACCACCACCUCCAACACAACCACCAGCGGCGGCGGUAGCAGUGGCAGCGGAAGCGGUGGGGGCAUUGCCGGGGGCAGCAGUAGCGCCGCCGGUGGCGCUUCGUCCUCGGCCACGGCUGCUGCCAAUGCCGCCAACCAUCAGCUGAUGGCGGCUCAGCUGGGCUUCAACAGCUCACUGUCGGAGCUUUUGAAAAUCUCCAAUUACGAGGAGUACGAUUACGCAUCGCUCAGCGGCGGAUCUCAAUUCAAGGAAGGACGUCCACGUAAUCUGGGCCGAGGUGUGUCCAAGCCGAAGAAGAACACCGUUGCCUCCCUGUUGGCGCAGAGCCGUGCCGUUGGCUCGAAGCCACUGACUGCCCAGCAGUUGCUCACACAGGAUGCAGAAAUUGAAAAGCUACGCCAGGCAAUGCUUGAGGCGAGUCGAAACCAAUCGAUGGACAAUAGCACCUCCAACACCAACACCGACACCGAAAGCAUCUCCGAGAGCGGCAUGUCCGAGUCGGAGGGCGAGGAGCACAUUAACUUGAAGGAGCUUCGCGUUCCGCUCGAGAAGGGUUGGCGCCGAGAGACGGUGAUUCGCGGGCUCACGAGAAACGGGCACAUCAAGGGUGAUGUGUACUACUACCCACCGCAGAGCGUGAACAAGAUGAAGGGCAUGAAUCAAAUUCAGCUGUAUCUAGAUCAGUUUAAACCGAAGGAUCUGAGCCGCGAUAACUUUAGCUUCUCGGCGAAGGCCAUCGUUGGUACGUUCUUGCAACCUGCCCCACUGCCGUACGCGACGGACGGUGAGUUCAUCAAGAUGACGGACGUUGAGGUGGCACGCCGGCUGGAGGAUCUGAAAAUGUUCACCCGGCAUGCGGGACUCGGUGUAGAACAGAGGAUCGAAAUCGCCAAGCAACAGCAGGCACUGCGGGACGCAAAGAAGUUGGCCAAGGAAGAGAUGAACAAAAAUAAGGAAAAGGCACGACAGGCAAAGGAAGCUGAACGGAAUGAACGCUUGGAGCAGCAGCGCAAAGAGAGGGAACUGAAAAAUCAACAGGCACUAGAGGCAAAGAAGAAGCGUGAAGAGGAACUUGCACGACAGAAAGCGGAGGAAGCUGCCCGUAAAGCACAGGAAAAAGAACAGAAACGACAGCAGGCACUUCUGCAGAAGGAACAGGAACUUGCCAAGCAGAAGGAGUUGAUGUAUGCAAUGGAAAUGGAACGUGAAAGGCGAAGGCAACAUAUGGCCCUGAUUAAACAGUUAGAGCUGCGUCGCAAAUUCGAAGAGAAGGAAAAGAAGAAACACCAGGUAAUUCUGGAUAAGUUGAUCCAACGGGAGAAGAAACUCGUGAUGAGAAAGCGGGACACAAACAUUCUAGCCGAAUUGAGAAAACCUCAAGAGGACUCCGAGAUCGUGGAUCAAACGGUGUUGCCUUCUUUCUCAAGAAUUCCUGGCCUCAAGCUGACGGGUACCGGGUAUGCUGAUCUGCUGAUGGUAUUUGAGUUCUUGCACAACUUUGGCGAAACGCUUGGAUUCGACAUGGAGUCACUGCCCAACUUGCAAUCUUUGCAUCUCGCACUAACGUCGGAGAACGCGAUCGAUGCCGAGGAAGAGCUGCUGUCUGUGAUGACACAUCUCCUUGUGUGCGCAAUAGAAGAUCCGGGCAUCCCCAACCCAGGCCGCCAUACGACACUGCUCGGCCAAACGCUACGCCAGGCGGACAUCACGCACACGAACGUGUCGGAAAUAUUGCGCAUCUAUCUGUACGCGGUGGCCACCGGCGAGGUGAAGCUACAGUCCGGCAUCAAUCUCGAGCGCGAUCGUGACGCCCCGUCCAAGCAUCAUCUAGUCAAUGACGAGGAUUUCAAGAUGUGCAGCACGAAGAACUCCCAGUUCUACGAGCUGCUGGCCGAGAACGCACGCUACAAACUGUCCGAGCUGCUGAAGGACAAACCGUUCGUGGCGCUCAACCCAACCACCAAGACGGAAAUCCUGGCCAUGCUGUGCAACGAUCUGCUCAUGAACAAAGCCGUCUGCAAGCAGAUCGACAGCAGUCUGGAGGCGCAAGCGCAACUCAAAAAGGAACGGUACCUGCUGGACAACAAAAUCCGAAAGUACAAGAUGCUGGUAGCCCGCAAACAGCGGCUGGAGCAGUACGAGAAGGCACAGCAAGCAGCGCUGGAGAAAUCACUCUCCAUGAAGGCAGCCGAAGAAGCGAAACGUGCGGAAGAGGCCGCGGCAAUGGCGGCCGCAGCAGCAGCAGCGGAAGCAGCCGCAGCAGCAGCAGCCGAGGCAGCAGCUUCAGCAGCGACCGCGUCGUCAGAAGAAGCAGCGUUAGCAGCCGAGGGAGAGACUAAGCUUCCGGCAGGUGAAACUGAGGCCACAGCGGGUGACAGUGAGUGUGAAGUGGUUGAGAACGGUACGGAAAAGGAGUCGGCGCCACCAGUUGAAGGGGAAGGAUUCAAUUCCGUCCCACCGGCCGAAGGAGCAAGUGGGCAGGGAGAGCUGGAAGAAGGUGAAAUUGUUAACAAGAAAGAUUUCGGUGCGGAAGGACAUAAGACUGAUGAUGACGAUGAUGAUGACGAUAAUGACGUUGUAGAAAUCGUCCCAAUGCCGGUAACGUGUACAGUGACGGAAGAUUCCUGCCCAAACACUAUCCCCACAUCGUCCGAGGUGGAAGGGGAAGAAAAUGGUCAGUCAAAGCUAGACACCACCGCUGCGCCAGAAUCGGGUGAACCAAUGGAUACGUCAUCGGUAGAGCCGUCCGAGUCCAGCUCACUCAAUCAAAAUCACACCGAAUCUCUGAAUGGUAUCGACGCUCCUACGCCUGCCGGGGAUAGUUGUUCUACUCGGAUUGAAGGAAACGGUCCUAGCGCACAUCAUCCACUGCCGGAGGAACAUCACGCUCCGCCUACCACACCUCCUCCACCACCACCGCCGGCACCAUCGCAGCACGCCAUCGUGCAUCCUGUAAUGCAGCAGCACAACAAGGCGAUCAUGCAGCUAGAGCCAGGGGAAAUACCGCCACCCGGUAUGGACAUUUCGGCACUGGGCAUGCGUCACAUGGCUGGAGGCGAAAUACAGACGAUAUCUGUACCCUCAACGCCUGAGGAAAGCCCAGUGAAGAUGGGCGAGGUGGGUGGUGAGACGCCCAACGGUGGUGUGUUCAACAUUCCCGGCAAACCACUAACCGCCGAAAUGACCAACGGCGGCGAGCAACCGUCACAGCACCAGCAGCAGACACCGCAAGUGCAUCAGAAUCAAUCGAACAACUCCGCGUCGGAGUUGGACUUGCUGUCAAAGUCCAUGAUCAACGAUCACAGCACAUGCGGCGAUCGGGCGGACGAAGACAACAGCGAUCUGGAGAGCGAAGGCACUCAGCUGGAAGAGGACGAGGACGCCCAUUUGACAGCGGAAGAGGCGCAGCGGAAGUAUGACAAGAUUCUGGAAACGUCCUUCCAGAACAAGCAGCAGCUGGAGAACGCACUGAACCAGCUGCGGGUGAAAUGCUUCGGACAGGAUCGGUACUGGCGUCGGUACUGGAAUCUGGGCAAGUGUGGUGGCAUCUACGUCGAGGCGAUGGAAUCAACCCAGCCUGAGAUGUAUCGGUAUGAGAAUGCGCUCGAAGAAGUGCAGAGCCGGCCCGACUACGUGCCGAAGUAUGCGCCAGCCAUCAAACCCGAGAGCGCAGUGAAGCAGGAUCCAGCGGAAGAUGUUGCAGCAGCAGAGUGCAAGAAAGAGGAAGGUGAAGUUGAUGCGGUUAAGCCUGAAAUUAUCGCAGAUGAACAGGGCACGAAACAGGAACUGCAGCCCACGGAGGAUCGAAAGCGAAAGCGUUGCUCAUCGGUGUCGCUUAAAAAGUUGAAGAAGAAGAAAAAGAAGCAACGCACCACCUCCGAGGGUGGGGAAUCGUUCCGUGGCAAUCAUGGCAGUGCUGCCGGUGGGUUUAACGAUGCCGCUGACGAUGAGGAUGAUGGUGAUGAUGAGGAAGAGGACGGGCCAGACGAUGAGGACGACUGUUCGCGUACUAGCUUCAGCAAUGGGCCAGCGCUGGAGGAUGGUCGUACUGCUGAUUCACAGUCCGAUGAUUGUAAAAUCAUCGAAGAGCCGGAAGUUGUGCAAAAGGAAGGCGCUAGCAAUGGCGAUAAUGGUGCAAAUGGACAAUCCGCUACUCGUGAGGGUACGGGAGAGGAUCGUACCGGGUCCUCUAGCGAGAUCAAUAAUGGAUCAAAUGACAACGCGGACGGAGAAGGCCAUGGACAGAAGGAGAAUGAAGCGCAACAGGAGAACCACAAAUCGGUGGAAGAUGGCCAAUCGGUGGAAGGCGCCCCGAAUCAUAACGCAACGCCCAAGAAGUCCGACGAUCAGCUUAUGGACAUUGAGGAUUCAAUUCCGACAGCGAUCCUCGUACAGAAGGGCAACGAUCACGAUGAAACGAAAACGGUGGAAGUGAAUAAUCAGAUUGGUGGUGUGAACGUGUCGCCCCAUCAGCCUACGGCGGGCUCGGGAGCAUCGGCAGCCACGCCCGAAGAUGACGAUGACGUGACGAUGGUACAGGAGGAAACGCCCACGAUCACCAUCCCCGAUGACGAUACGGAGAGUGGCGAUCGGAUGCCGACGGCACCGUGCGAAGGUGUCAAGACGGAGCACGACAACAAGGGGUCAACGACGCUGACCGAUAGCAUGAACUGUGAUAUGAAGCCAAAACUGAUGGAAAAUGGAGUCGAGAUGCGUGACCCGGGCGAGUUGGUCGAGUGUCAGCUGCAGGAGGUGGACGACGACGAGGAGAUAGUGACGGGAGCGCGUGGAAACCACGGCAGUGCGAACGAUUGCAAACCAAUGAUCGCGGCCGGCGAUAAUGGUGGAGUUGAUCGUAAGCCGCGCACGACGACGACCACCUCCUCGGUGAUCUCGUACGGCAGCGACGUUGAGAUGAUCGAGGUCAAGGACGAAGACAGCAACAACUGUGCGGUCCGUGCUCCGAUCACGCCGGGCAGCUACCUUUACCUGCGCAACACCGACACGAAGCAGGAGAAAGAGUUUAGCGAUCAGCUGCUGAACCGUUGGUUCUCGAUCGUGGACAAGGAGCUGCCGCUCUCGAGCACGGAAUGUCCGCUGCCGACGAUAAACGGCAGCACGCCCGCCUCUCUGGCGCGGCAAAUCUUCACCAACAUCACGUGCCGCGAGAUCUGCCAGAUUCAGGGCAACCGGUGGGACAUUGGCAACAACAUCCAGUUCUUCAGCGUGCCGCUGGAGAAGGGCGUCGAGAUCCAUUUCCCGAACGAGUCAAUUCUGUCCAUGUCCGGGCUGGACGAUGACGAGAUCAACGAGGUGAUCGCGAAGAAGAGUCGCCCCGAACCGCUUCAGCUGUCCGACAUGAAGCCGGCGUUCAAGCGGGAAACGAUCGAGUACUCGUACAGCCAGCACCACCCGAACCAGAUCCGGUUGCGGGCGGAGAUGAUGGCGGAGGAGACGGCCGAUCCGGAAGAGUACGGGAACUUUUCGCUGCCGGCGUACAUGACGCUUACCCUGUCGAAUCUGACCGCGUACGUGCAGUGCGACCAGUUCCAACCGCUCCAGAUGACACCGGAAGAGGAGAAGCAGCUGGAGGACGUGAAGCAGCACGGUGCACCGCAGAAAACCGAACCGCAGGUGGUGCCGCGUGAGUUUCGCUACGGCUGGUGGAAGAUCAACGACAUCGAGGAGCUGAACGAGCUGAUCAAGGCGCUGAAUCCGCGCGGCGUCCGGGAGCGGCUGCUGCGCCAGAGCCUGCUGGAGUCGCUGGCGGAAAGCGUGAACCUGACCACGCCGCACCAUGUGUCGCACCCGCGGGCAGCACCGCCUCCGAACGGGUACAUCGAGCCGGAAGCAUGGAACGCCUGGAACCCGUCCAUCGCGCGGCGAGUCGAGGUCGCACUGCUCGACCAGAUCGAAGCGAUGGAGGACAAGGUGGCGAGCGCCUCGAUGCAGGUGAAGGGCUGGCAGAUGCCGCAGCGCGAGGGCGACAGCGAGAACGGGGUGGUGGAGGACGUGACGAUCGAGAUGCUGCGCGAGCGCAUCCUCGGGCUGGAAGCGGCCAUCGAACGGCGCUACCUCAAGCCACCGCUGGGAAUCAACACCACCGAGGCGCAGAUGGCGGUCAUUGCGCAGCAGGAGUCGCACAGCAAUCAGAACAACGUCUCGAACCUGUCCAACUGCUCGAACAGUUCCGCCGAGGAUGAGAAUCUCCCGAAAGGUCUGCUGUCAUGGCGCGACGCAGUAGAACGAUCCGUCACUACCGCUCAACUCUCGAUGGCACUGUACGUGCUGGAAUCGUGCGUCGCCUGGGACAAGAGCAUCAUGAAAGCGCAAUGCACGAAGGGGGGAAAGAAUGGAAGCAAAAAGGCGACGAGCAAGUCAAGCAAGAAGAAGAGCGGCGGUGCAGCUGCAAGCGCAAACCAGCAAGAUUCGCCGGCCAGCAAGAAAGGCACUGCUUCUAAUAACAAUACUACUACUAGUACUACUACUACCACCUCCACUACCACUACUAACAUCUCGGGAUCCUCCUGGGAGUGCUCGGCGAUGACGGCGGCAACAGAGACGAUGAACACCGGCAGCAGCAACGCGGCCAAUGGCAAACCGAAGAAGAAAACUCUCUCGAAAUCCAAAUUGUCUUCCCUUCUAUUGCAGAAUUGUCAGUUCUGUCAAUCGGGAGAGUCCGAGGACAAGCUGCUGCUGUGCGACGGCUGCGACCGGGGCUACCACACCUACUGCUUCAAGCCACGCAUGGACAAGAUUCCGGACGGUGAUUGGUAUUGUUUUGAGUGUAAAAACAAAGCUACUGGUGAUAGGAAGUGUAUAGUUUGUGGAGGACUACGACCACCGCCGCUAGGCAAGAUGGUCUACUGUGAGCUGUGUCCACGGGCCUACCAUCAGGACUGCUACAUACCGCCGAUGCUGAAGUAUCCCCGAGGCAAAUGGUACUGCCAGAACUGUGUAGCAAAGGCACCGCCAAAGAAGAAGCCGCAGCGUAAGCCGAAGGAACGCACCACCAACAACAGCUCCCAGUCGCUGCUGAACAGCUCGCUCAACAGCUCGCAGAACCAGUCGCUCAACUCGUCCCACGAGGAUAUCGCAACGACCCCGUUAAGUCCAGCACAUUCAAUAGCGUCCACGAGUCAUGAAGAAUCGUCGGCGCCACAACAUCUACAGCCACCGCAUAGCAGCGUGCCGGGAGUACCGAUGCCAGCGGCACCAGCAACAGCCUCAACAUCAUCGGCUUACCAUCAUCAACUCCAGCAGCAGCAGCAACAUCCACAGCAACCACUACCACCACCAUUACAUCCGCAACAGUACGGAGGGGCACCUUUGGUUGAUGCGAACAACUACGCCAUGUGUCAUCCCCCGGUGCCGAACGAAACGAUGGCGCUGUACGGUCAACAGCAAGCACAGCAGCUGCAGCAGCAGCAGCAGCAGCAGCAAUACUAUCAGCAGUACUAUCAGCAACAACAGCCUUCAACCUCGGUUGGGCCAGCCCUAGCUCCGCCAGCUCCGCCACAACAACCGUAUUAUCCAACUCCGGUCGAAAGUAGCGCGACCAGCGCGGCUACAGUAGAGCAAGAAGCACAGUCGGAUUACGUCGCCUCCGGUGAGGCAGCACAAUAUUCCGCCUCCGAAGGCUACACCCACGCACAAAGCACAUCGGAGUGUGAGCCAGAUCAGCAGGAAUCACCCGCUGAAGUGGACGAUCAAAUCGAGGCGUCAUCGGAAUCGCCCGUUCCCGCCGCUGGUGGUGGUGAAUUUUAUUCACCUUCAAGCAACGCGAUGAAUGCGGCAGGUAGCUCGACAAGCUAUCUGGACAGCGAUCGUACACCCGGCGGGCAGGAUGGAGAGGAGGGCAGCUGUGGUGGCGACUCGUCGGAAGAGUAUCAACCGCGACCGUCGCCGGUUAAGGACUCGCUGUGUCUGGCGGGCAGCAGUAGCAGUAGCAGCAGUAGUAUUAGCGACCACCAGCGCAAGGAGCGGUCGAAGGAGCGCGAUGAAGCGAAGGAGCGUGCCAAGCAGGAGAAGAAGGCCACCAAAAGACUGCUGAAAGAGUUGGCCGUCUGCAAAACCAUCCUGGAGGAAAUGGAGCUUCACGAAGAUUCGUGGCCAUUUUUGCUGCCGGUAAACACCAAACAGUUUCCGACGUAUCGUAAGGUCAUCAAAAGCCCGAUGGAUCUUUCGACGAUUAAGAAACGCCUCCAGGAUUUAGUAUAUAAAUCACGCGAAGACUUUAUAGCAGACGUGCGGCAAAUUUUCGACAACUGUGAAGUCUUCAACGAGGAUGACUCACCUGUCGGCAUUGCCGGGCACGGUAUGCGCAAGUUCUUCGAGCAACGAUGGGCUGACUUGACGGACAAGCACUCUUGAUACCAUCAGCUGCAUCAACCGCAUCCCACUUCCCGUGGCAGCACCACCACAUCCGGCAAGGAGGUCGAGAUGGACGCCAAACCAUCGGAAGACACGGGAACGUUUCUAACGCCUCCGCUUCCUCCACCACCUUCGUCACCAUCGGCACAACUACAGCCAUCUUCUUCUCCGACGCCAACGCAAACGACUCCAUCCUCAUCCUACUCUUCAACGUCGCUACUGCCAAACCAACAACAGUAUUGGAUGGAGCAAGGUGGUAGUAGCGGUGAUGAGCGAUCCUCAGAAAAGAACGAUUAUGAUUUGGACGCUGGACGCAGCAGCAGUAGUACGGUUGGUAAGGAUAAUGCUGCCAACGAUAAUGAUCAGGUGUAGCAAACUCUGCUACACCGAACAGAGACAAUGGUGGCAAGCAUUGAGUAAUGGUAGAGAGAGGCAAGAGACAGCUAGAGAGGAUAGUACACAGUACAACAUGUAUUACAGCACGUGCGCGCGUUAUUUAUAGACCCCAGAGAGAACCAGAGAAAUAAGACUGUGUCCGCCGCAGCGUUCUGGAGUUGACAGGCGGCAGAGAAACCACGCAGAAAAAGCAUACACUGUGUGUGUGAACAUAAUUAGUGUGAUUUGGAACACAUCGAACAACUUGACAAAGGGCAGCAGGGAAGGAGGUGACACGAUUUAGACACACAAAGGCAACGGUCCGCAGUAGCGCCUGAUACUUUCUACCACCAACAACUGUAUCGCAGCUGUCUCUCCCUCUACAUCACAAACACAUCGAUAAGGCCAUUCGUAUAUUAGUUUUAUAGGUUAGUUUUCUUUUCCUUUCGUGACACAGUAAGAUAUUAGUGAGACAAGGGAGCAGCAGAGAGAGAGAGAGAUAGACAGGAAUGAUUAAUGUGUACGGACAUUGGUCGAUUGGUUUUUUGUUCCUGUACAAAACCCCGGCCCCUUUUUUUAUUUGCGUUUAAAUGCCGCCCAACAAACCCCUUUUGUACAUAGUAGGACAUUAAAGUGUAGAACAGUAGAUUGAUUUGCCUUUCCAUUGGUUUUAUGAAUUGAAUGACGUAUCACAAAGUGGACGAACGGGAAGUGACCGUGGAGUACGGAUAUACGUUAAGACAGAAAGAAGAUUUCUCUUUUUAUACCGUUUUUAAAAGGUGCAGUUGUUGGUGUCCUUGAUGCCACUGCUACCGAUCGGAAGGAUAUGGAGAGAAGAGAGUUGAGAAAUUGGGUGGUUCAUUCACGAAAACAGAAGGAAAUGAGGCGGUGCAUUAUGAAUCUUAUGCAUCGUAUGUGACUUCACCUUUUAAGAAAGUGCGAAAGUCAUUCAAACAGGCCAACUUUUCAUGUAUAUUCUGGAUCACAUUUCAUAGAGUUAAUUUCUUCACACCACGAUGAAGGCGCACAUUAUUAUAGGUUAGACAGAGUUUUGCUUUUACUUAAGUUGUACCUAUCAGUAGGUGAACGGCUAGGGCGAAGAUAUUCGGUAUUGGAUCUUAAAGAUGUGAUGUUUGCAAAGGGAGAACAACGUUUGGGCAUGUUGUGCGACGACGUUCGCAUUCCUUCCAUCCCAGGAAGGUGUGAAUCGUUCUUUGGUAAUACCUUCACCAUCGGACGCUGGUAAGGAUUGAUAUAUUUAUUAAAUCGAGUGCGACCAAACUGUGUAUGCACGUAGCCGUAGGACGUAGGGACAAGAGAGGAGCGCAGCUAUGAGUGUAGGAGUAAAUGGGCAGGAACUGACUGAAGGAAUAAAAAAGAACUAGCGGACAAAACGCCUCAAACGAUGAACAACACUAAGAUAUUUGUGCCCAGCUAGAACAGAAAAAAUGAAGUAUUUUUUACACAUAUAUAUACAUACACACACACCCAUUCACACACGUAAACACGCUGACAGACUCACCGGGGCAACCGGGGACAGAUGUACGUAUAAUUUCUACGGUCGAUUAGGUUUAGAAGGUGACAAACACACGGCAAUGAAGUCACGACGAUUGCACAGAAACAGUUUUAUUCUGUCGGACACAACACAAUUAAAGGAAAGAUCUAUAUAUAUUUUUUAUGUUCAAACACAGUUCCUCAGGAAAUGGGAAAAAGGGCAGCAAACGAAGGAAGGAACGAGUAUCUCUUAAAAGGACGUAUCAUUUUCUGUUUGCCACAGACUUGGAAGCAGGCAAAUGAUAUUUCUGUUUGAAACACGGUAACAGCUAAAAUGGUGGAAAAGAUAAAGUGAAAGUCCACCAUCAAAAUAAACCGAAAACAGUUAAUUGAACAGUGCGAAAAAUGGGCGUACAAGUGAACAGAAGAAGCAUGUAUGUGAGUUAAUAAGUAGAUGAAUCGUUGCUGAGAUAAUUAGAAUGAAAAGCUCGUGGUAAACUCACAACAACACAAAAAACUAACUAACAACAAAACAAAGCAUUUAGUAAGGAGUAGCAGAGAUUGAAGCUCGAAGUCAAACAUACUUUAGAAUGCCAUCCUUCCGGUAACCGGGAAAACAAACAAACACGAAAACAAAUAAAGAAACGAAACGCGUUUGAAUGUGCUUGCAAUAGUAGCGCAACAAUGAA